AUGACGACGUCCUGGGCGCCGUUCGCGGCGGAGAAGCGACGACGAGACGGCCGGGAGCAUCACCGAGUCGCGUGUGAGGCGUACGCGCGAGGCGAGAGCGAGAGCGCGAUCGAGGCGUUCACGAAAGCGCUGGAGGUGGACCCGAGGAAUUUCAUGGCGCUGUGUAAUCGAGCGCUCGCGCGAUUGCGAGCGAAGGACGACGCGAACGCGUUGCGAGACGCGCGAGCGUGCGUGAGGAACGCGCCAAAGUGGCACAAGGCGUGGUACAGGCUUUCGCAGGCGAGGACGGCGCUUGGGGACGAUGUGGAGGCUUUGAACGCGCUCGCCGAGGCGCGAAGGCUGAGCGACGGGACGGGAGACGCAGAGGAGCUCGAUCGAGCGAUCGAAGCGGCGCGCACGCGCGUUCGGGAGAGCGGUGACGACGAUUUGAUCGACCGCGUGCGCGCUUCGGAGGAGAGGCGGGAAAUAGACGUGGCGGCGGAGGAGGAGGAGCUCGAGCGGCGUCGGUUGGUGCGACGGGCCAAGUUGGAGGCAAAGAGAGCAGAACGCGCGGUCGCAGAGGAAAAGCUAAAGCGCGAUUUGAACCUCGAGGGCGUAUAUGAUAAACUUGCGGACGUGAACACGUAUUUGGGCGAUCUCAGCGACAGCGACGACAGUGAGUUGGAGGCAUACGAUCCCGAGGGACGCGCGAUGUUCAUUCCUCGACGAAUCACAGACUUUUCAUCCUUCGCGCGGAGGCUUCGAACUUCCAUUGGCGCAGCCGCGACGACGGACGCAAUGUGCGAGUUACGACGAUACGGGCGCAUACAAAUAUCACUCGGUCCCGCAGUGGCGGGAACGUCCAAGUUCAAAGCGGCGGCGGACGCGAUGGACGCAUGCGCGUUGCCGUAUUGCGUCAUUCCCGCGUGGCGGGAAGCGACGAGUCCUUGGCCGAUGCAACUGGCGAUGGCACAUCAGGACGUCCAGGACGCGAUGUGGCUCAUGGAAACCGUCGCUCGAGUUGUCGCUGGGACGGUUUACGAAGACGCCGGGAAAUCGACGCAAGAUCUCGAUCGAGUGCUGGACUCUCCGCUCUUCGCCGGCGAAGAACGAGAUCGAGCGCCGGAAGUCACCGAUGUCUCUCCGAGCGCGCUCGUUCUCUCGAUCGACGAAUCAUUCGCAAAGGGCUAUGCCGAACGUACGUCCGCGCUCGUUCGCGUUGAUUGGCUCGAAGCGUACGAGGAUGAAGACGCUAGAGCGGAUGGCGAGACGACGCUCGUCGAGCUCAGCGUGUGCGCUGAAUUAGCCCGCCGCGUCGACGACGAAUUCAUCGUCACGGAAGAUCUCGAUCCGAGCGAUCGCGAGGGACACGGCCCAGACGGUACUUCAUUCGCGUGUCCGCGUGCGCGUCGGCCAUCGACCAGAUCGCUCGUUUCUUUCUUUCUCUGCCCGGUGCCGAGGUAG